GCAGAACUGUAGUAAGUUCCACUUUUUACACUGAACUACCGAUGUCCAAAGAGCUGCUGCACCUGUGUGGGAUUUAUUUGGAGGUGGGUUUGACUGUUAUUACCUCACUGUCUGUCCGAACCUGACCCAGUAAAUUCAGACCCGCUCUCAGAGGACCGAACCUGACAGAACUCCACAGCCUCACCCACAGCUCACCUCCCUCCCUUGUAAACGGCGCGGAGUCCCGGUAACUGGCUCCACGGCGGCUGCGCGUGCGGCAGCUACCCUGCACGUGCGUGCGCAGUUUCUAUUUGCUCUCUUGGAGACGGUGAGCAGACCCAGUCCCGACCUGACGACGCGACCCGGCUUGCCAGUGGUUGACUACCUUUAUUCCAAAUGAAGGUUUAUCCCACUAAAGCGAGUUGAUUUCUGAUCAUCCGACCAUGAAACAGGAGACCAGAAGUCGCCUUCGCCUGGUGAGGAAACUGCUGAUGCAGAGCCGAUCCACCGGGAUGCUAACAGAGAGGAAACAGCAGGACAACUUCUACAUUUGAAUUUCCGCUUGUGUCAGACAUGCUUGUGAAGCUCCAUCAGACGUUCCUGAAUCCUGCUCAUGACCUGUGCUUCCUCUCUGCUUCCUCCUCCUCUUCUCUCCUUGUCCUCCUGUCAUCUCCGUUCUGAUCCCCUAUACGAGUUCAGCCACAGCCUCAGGCCUCCGAGUUGAACCCACCAACCCAUCCCAUCCGCUUCCCUCCCCGUCUUCCAUCCACCUGCCAUGUCUAACGACACAACCUUCUUGGAGGCCACUGAUUGGUUAGACACCUCCCAGUGCCCGCCCUCAGUAGGCGGCGCUACGUUCCUGAUUGUCGCAUACAGUGCAGUCAUUGCAAUCGGGUUGCUGGGCAACGCAGGCCUUGUAUUUAUCAUCACGCGGCAACAGGAGUUGCGCAACGUCACCAACAUCCUGAUCGCCAACCUGUCGUGCUCGGACAUCCUGAUGUGUGUGGUGUGUCUGCCGGUCACUGUCAUCUACACGCUGAUGGACCACUGGGUGCUGGGGGAGGCCCUGUGUAAGGUGACGCCCUUUGUCCAGUGCAUGUCUGUGACCGUGUCCAUCUUCUCCCUCGUGCUCAUCGCUCUGGAGCGCCACCAGCUGAUCCUCCACCCCACCGGCUGGACCCCCGCGGCCGGGCACUCCUACCUUGCGGUGGGCCUCACAUGGCUGGUCGGCUGCUUCAUCUCGCUGCCCUUCCUGUCCUUCAACAUCCUCACUAAUGACCCCUUCCAGAACAUCAGCCUGCCCUCCAACCCGUUCAGGGACCAUUUGAUCUGCAUGGAGUUGUGGCCGUCAGACAAACAUCGGCUUGCCUACACAACCUCGUUGCUGAUCUUCCAGUACUGCCUGCCUCUCCUUUUGGUGCUGCUCUGCUACCUGAGGAUCUUCAUCCGCCUGAGACGCCGCAGGUCACACAGCUACACUCUCCCUCAUGCACUUCAAAAGUCUUCUCACCACAGGGACAUGCUGGAGCGCAGCAGGAGGACUCGGGGAGCCCAGAGGAUCAAUGUCAUGCUGCUAGCCAUCGUCAUCGCGUUUGCUCUCUGCUGGCUCCCUCUGAAUGUCUUCAACACUCUGUUUGACUGGCAUCAUCAGGCCCUGCCGAAAUGUCAGCAUGACGCUGUCUUCUCCGCUUGCCACCUUACAGCCAUGGCCUCCACGUGCAUCAACCCCGUGGUGUACGGCUUCCUCAACAGCAACUUCCAGCGGGAGCUGAGGACGACGCUGCAGCGCUGCCAGUGUGGCACCCGGGCAGGCGAGAGCUAUGAGAGCUUCCCUUUGUCUACGGUGGGCAGCGAGGGCAUAACAAAGGCCACUUCGCUCAACAGGAUGGGAUCAGUGUGUGUCCCCUCACCCAGACCUGAGAUCAGCUCCGCUCUGCUGUCCAAAACAUUACCGGCUAACUUGUAACAAUGCGGACCGAAGAAUUCUUUGACAAGAUCCUAAGCGGAGUGGUUGUUAUUACAUCAGUUGUGUGUAACUGAUAAUGAUCAACGUUGAGCCAGUUCAACACUGUCCUCACUUGAAUUUGGCUGAAAAUGGUCUAAUUCUAUUUCAAGCUAAUAUUUGACAGCGUAUUACUCUUGUUGUGACUGAUCAUCAUCUCAAAAGUUUGAAGACUGUGGAUGCAACUUGGAAGUCCAGAACCCCAAAACUGAGGAAGCUGAAGGACCUGGACUGUUCUGGUGUAAACCAUGCAACCCUCCUGGAAAGGUUCAGCUUUCCAGUUACAGCCGUUGUGACAGAUCAACCUCAUACCAGACAUUUUAAUGUUUUGGUGAAAAACACAUUUUACUGUUUACACACAUGAACAAAAUUGCUGGUACCCCACAAUCACCACUGAAAUAACCUGAAACUGACUAAAGUAAAGAUGAAUAAAAAAAUGACUGAAAAUUAAAAAACAAAAAUCAGGGUUUGCUUCUGAAUUGUGAUUCACCAGAAUCAUUUUGAAAAUAAACUAAGGAAACCACAAUGAACCACAGGAAGCAAAGGAGAGAUUUGUCACAGGAGAUGAGAAAGAAAACAUGCUAAAGGUAAAGGCUACUGGAGCAUCUCUAAGCAGCUUGAUGCUCAAUUGUAUCAAUUAUUGAGGGUAAUUGAUGACAGGUUGAAGAGCAGAAGAAUACAAAUAGAAACCAAAGAGCCCAGAACAACCUCCAAGCAAAUUAAAGGUAGACUCCAUGGUCAAGGUCUAUCAGAUUGAACAAUACAUUUUGUCUGAGCCAAAGUGGACUUCAUGGGAGAAGUCACUGUUAAAACCAAAUCACCCAAAAGCGAGACUGGAAUUUGCUAUAUUGUAUAUUGACAAGACACAGCUCUCCUGGGAAAAUGUCCUCUGGACAAACGAGACAAUACUGGAUGUUUUUACCAAAGCACAUCAGCUCUGCAUUCAGAGACCAAAAUUGAUUCAUACCAAAAAAAAAACAUACUAUGAAACAUGGAGGAGGCUCAGUUCUGAUCAGGGGCAGCUUUCCUACAUCUGUCAGUGGGUUCAGGACACAAUACAAUUGAGGCAUUUUGGACAAAACUCAACAACCUUGUCAGAAAACUUGGUCUCAGUUGCAGGUCAUGGGCCUUCCAACAGGACAACGGCCCAGACACAGCUAGAAACACCUAAGAAUGGCUAACAACGAAAUAUUACACUAUUCUGUACCGGUCCGUUUCAAAUGGCUGGUACCAGACGUUCACUAACAGAGGGAUACCAACAAGUUUGUCCACGUGAGUAACAGAUGAACAUGUUUGUAAGUGCUGAGGCUUUGUUUAUCAUUGUUCAUUCUUUAAAAUAUCUUUUUGUGGCCUUUUUUUUGAAAGUUAUCUGACAGGAAGAGGGCAGAGAGUAGCAGGCAGAGAUGAGUGUAGAAUUUGGGAAGACCAUGUUGAGAUCUCUUCCCUCUGUAUACGUUUGCGUUGCUGUAUUGGCAAAUGUUUUUUUUUAAUAUAUGUGGAAAGGAACAGCUUUUAAGCUUUUUAAGGAAAAAAUGCUAAAAGGAAAAAAAACAGCUAGAAAUUGGUUACAGUAUUCUUUCUCUGCAGAAAAUAAAUUAUGUAAUAGAUCAAACUCGCUACAUCAUUACGUCGGUUCAAUGCGUGUUACAAUUAUACAGAGCAGGUUAGUUGUUUAUCAUUAUCUACACCACCAUAAGAUAAAUAGGGGAAUUAAUACCAUACCAGUACAAAUAUGAUAAAGUGCCAUAAAUUUGUUUUUUCCCCAUUCGGACGUUGCAGCAUAAACCAUGAUGUGUCAUCUGGUCCCGUUUGGAUACAUGAAAUGUUCUCAAUAAUUUCAGACUAUCAUAUUGUCACUUUCCUAAAAUGUCAUUUUUUGGCAGAAAGAUGAUUUAGAAAAAAAAUCACUUUUGGAAAAAAACCAAAAAGAUGUAGGUCAUUAUUUCAGGAAGGUGACAUUAUUGCUUCUGUUGAAUUUGCAUAAUUAAGGUUAUCUUGUUUUGUAGCCUACAUCAGUGUUGUAGUACUCGAGAUGCUCUCCGACUCGACCGCAUUUGGUGUCGGUCUUGGUGACAAGUCGGUCUUGGCGCCCGAGGCCGUACAGUACAGUGGCGCAAAAAGUGGGUAUGCACUUUAUGCAACGCAUGGGGGCGCUGCACUGAGGGGGCGCAAAAACGAUGUGGGGAAUUGUUUUUCUAGUCACCAUUUUAUGUUAACAGCUGUUUGUGUAUGAAAUGAUCAAUAACAGAGGAACAGCACUGAUUAGGCGCAACUAAACUCCCAUACAGGUAGCUUGUGCAGCGGCCCUUCUAGAACCCGCUGAGGCGCGUUUUUUUUCUUUUAAAUUUGAAUUGUAGGAACAGGGAGCUAAAGAUGGGGCACAG